AAACUAUAAAUCACGUUAUUUAAUUUAACACUUAAAUUCAUCCUAAUUUCACUGUGUCAUAUUAAAUGUAAUUGUCAAUCGUUGCCACACUAUGCCAUUGAAACUAAUUUUGUGUUUGUUUUUUUCCCUUCCAUUUGCAUGUAUAUGGGAAACUGAAGACCAUUUCAAGCUCACAGUAAAGAUGGCACAGAUGUGGAAGGUGGUCGAGUUCACGGACAAAGGCGCUGCCGUAGUGCCAUCCAGCUGGCUCGAGGAGGCUGGGGAAAGCUGGAGGUGUUACUGGCCUGGCUCCUAUGACCACUGGCGGCUCCAAAAAUCCGUUUUAAACCACCUUCCACCAGGUCAAAACUGGGAUGUUUUUGAUGACGUGAGGGUCUUGGUAGGCUGUGCAACAUAUGGUAAGGCCAAAGACUAUUUGGAUAAGUGUUUGCAACCUGACUGUGCAACUACAGAUCUCCAGUCAGAGGCUGAGAUUCCGGACAAGAGGAAAAGAAGGGCAAACCCACGCUACAAGCAAGGUAGCAAUCUUGAAAGAGCGGGCUCAUCAGUUACAGCCAGGAGUUGGAGCUUGCCACGAGAGGCUAUUGGAGGUGAGGACACUGAUGAGGAUGAGCCAACCCCUAGAAAAACGGCAAGGCCAGCUAUUGACUUUGGGCCAGACAUCAAUAGUGAGUGGCUAUUUGGGUCAUCAACCACCCAAAGAGACUCACAUGAAGGGCAUUUUACACAAGAUGCACGUCAGCCACACCAACAGCUGUUGCGUGAUAUUGGAUUAACAAAAGUGAUACAGCUGUUGUCGCAAGUGCUGGACGAAAACAGACAAAUGAAAGAGGAAAUCAGCAAGCUGGGGAGUGACAUUAGGGCCCUAAGGAGAGAGAUGGUGAGGCAGGCAACCCCUGAAGCUUCCCCGUCAAACAUCAAACUGUCUCUCAACACAAUGGAGGAGUUUGAACAGGCAGAAGCUCUCAUCAAGGAAAACCCGCUCAAGAAGCAAAAAAUGAUCUCUACAUUUACUCUUGUUGGUGGGCACACUGCUGAAGUGACCGUAAGGCGGAUGCUGCAGAAUGGCCUCACCAACAACCUGGCUAGCCUUUUCAACUGGGCAGGAAAAGGCCACAAGAAACCUUUUAAAGAAACGAUGCUCAGUGAUGUACUGUAUGCUGCACUCCAAAAACAGCUGCCAGGGAGCACAAUAAUGAUUUAUGAAGGCACGGUGAAGAAGUGGUUGAAGUACGUUCCGGAGAGAGACGGAGGCGUAGGGAGGCGAAGCAGGCCAGCGCAAGAUCAGGCGCCUUCAUGACAAGACAAGACAUGGAACAAAAAUAAACCUGGAUCCGAUGGAACAUAAAUAAACAAAAAUGUGUUUGAUAAGAUGUUCUGUGUGUUCAUUAGUAGCCUAGAUCUGGCACUCUGCCUUGAAGGAGAUUAAGUAAAAUGUCUUUGUUAUCCUAUUGUAAGAGUAAUUUCAUGAUGUCCUGUUGUAGAUAAAACAGGAAGUGAAACUGAAUGAAUCAAUCGACCAAAAUUCGACCAUAAUCGCUAGUUGAAUAAAGGUUGAAGGGGGGUCGAUUCGCUGUCACCAGUCACCC